AAUGUUUCAAACUAUUUUGUAAUUCAACGCCUCACAAUUUGGAUUUUGGUUUGCUUGGUGCACCUCUUGAUUCCUUCUGUUGUUCCGGCACCAGUGCGCCAUCUUGAUCAUCAUUUUGCGUAGCUGCUGUCGUUGUUGUAUGAGUUGAGGUGACCAUGGCGAGCAAUCUGAGCAAAGAGGAGACGGAGUCUCUGUUGAGCAGCGGCAACAAGAAGAAGAGCAAGAGUCGCAAUAAGAGAGAAGAGAAAAAAGCUCCAAUCGAAAAUGUCGAAUUUUUGUCGUCGCCUGAUCCCACUGACAAUGACAAGCAAGGUUGGGGGAAGUCAAGUAUUAGUAAUGCCGGUGGUACUGCUGGUGCUGGUGCUGGUGCUGGUGCUGGUACAAGUACCACUGGCAAAGUGCAGAGCAGCCGCAGUCUGAACUCCGGCUGGUCUUACUCGACCAAUUCCAACGCUGACUCUAACGCUAACGCUAAUGGAGCUCCUUCCAAUGCUGCAGCUGCUUCUGCCAAUGCUGCCAUUGCCAUGGAGUAUGGUUACCAACAGCAGCAGCAGCAGCAGCAACAACAGCAAGCUUUCUAUGCGCAGCAAUUCUACAUGCAGCAGCAGCAACAUGGUUAUGUGCCUUGGCCUGCUCCUCAGUUCUCUCAUGCCCAUAUGGCACCUUCAGCUUCUAUUCCACAGGCUUACAGGAGGUCCAACAGUAACCCUAACAGUAACAUCAACAGCAACAUCAAAAAGACCAUGAGCAAUGGAAGUGAAGAUGAUGAACAUGCAGCUCUCUUGCAUCAAAAGUUUCAAGUCAGUAAGGGUUAUGGUGGUUAUGGAUCAACCACCACUACCACCAUUAAUAACAACAAUGACAAUGGAAGAGUCUCACCUGUCAGCAAUGCCAGCAGCAAUCACAACAAACGGUCCAUUCUAGUUCGCAAAGACAGUGCUGGAAGUGGAAAGAUCCCUCCACCACCUCCUUCCAAGGCUUUUGCCAAACCCAAACAUCGCAGAGCUCAGUCGGAUGGAGUGUCUUUCAAUCUUCCACAGGGAUCCAACAACACCAAUGUCAAGUCACAGCAUCCACUGCAUCGAACUACCAGCAAGGAAAAACCACCCAUGUCCAAAUCUCCUGGAUUGCCGGUCAAUCGAAAGGGAACCCCAAGCACUCAUGCCAGUCCAAAGCCCAAACAUAAACACAGUAGGUCCCUCAGUGCAGGGGGAAUGACUGGUGGAUUGCCUUUGGGGCUCAGUGAACAUCGACGUACCCAUCGCCGAGUGGCCAGUAAUGCUAGUUCUGUUGGGGCCGGAUCGGUCGCCAGUGAAGCCAGUUUCAUGUCCAUUACGUCCGACAUUCGCAAGUCCACAUUUUAUGGUGGAGUUGAUAAACCCACCGGUAAACCUCAGUUGCACUAUCCCAAUGAACACAUUUUUGUUUGCACCGAUGACCCCGCUUUGGUGGAUGGCAAGGUAUACAAGGUUGCGGUCGACGAAGAAGCCUUUGAAGAAUACCAUCGUCAAGCCGAAGAUCGCAUGUGGGAAGAUGACCUAGAAGAAAUGGAGUGCCAACAGCAUCGCUGUACUUGCAAGUGUAAUGUCUGUGUCGGCUGUGCCGGACAUGGCACCAACAACCGUCGUUCCGUGCGCAAGGAUCCCUUUAGUGCACUUCCUGCUAAUCAGUUUGCCUUGGCCGUUGACUCCACCGUUUACAAGCGCGUUUUGGAUGAAAUCAGUCAAGCCGAAGUGAUGCCCUGUGGACUCUUCUUUUGCGGACAUCACGAAGAUGUCGCGCAUCCCAGUGUCAACAUUCCGCUUACCAUGGUCAUUGCUUUGUUCUUGACCCUGGGCUACUUUGCCUGGACCUUGGAAGCCUAAGCACUCAUACGGUACAAGAACAUCAUCAUUGCACACACACACACACACAUCAAACCACCAUUAUGACCUCAUAACACCUUUUUCGUCCCAGAAUCAGAGUUGUCCGUCCACAAUCAAACAAGAUCAGAUCAUGUGUGGAAGACUUCACUCUAUCCUACGUUUCAUUCCAUCACAAUUCUUCUGACUGUGUCUUUCUUCUUUUGCAUCAACAAACAAGACCAAUUAGCAUUGAUAAAGAGAGAAAGACGUAGUCUCAUAGUUAGUAAGAAGAACAUGCAUAUCUCGUAACCGUUGCCUUAUUAGUAACUAUCAAUUUUGUCAUC